UUAUUGCAGAUAGGAUGGAUAAAUAUAAACGAAAAAAUAUACAUAAAAUUAUCUCAAAAUCUUUCCCAAGAUUCGCGCGUUUAUAAUUUUUUUUGUCUUAGAAAAAAAAACAUUCAACUCCUAAAUCUUAUUUUCAAAAAUGAUUUUGCAUUCAUUUUCUAUUAAAUGUUGAUCAUGGAUCUCCACAGUGACAACAAUCACACUGAUAAUACAAAUACUAAUAAUAACUAUGUGAUUCCCAUUGGCCAUCCUGGUCUUCCAGAUUUUGCAGAUUCCGGAGAUUUAAAUGUUAGCCCGGCUGAAAGCGAUCCGGAGACCUGCGAAGUUCCCGUGGAAGAAAUGUCGGGUGACGAUGAAUCGGGGGACAUUACUAUCAAUGAUACGAAUAGUAAAAAGCCGCCUAUCGCUAAGAAAGUAAUCACGGAUACCGAUAAUGACGAAUAUCUGCCACCCACGCCAUCCGAUCCUAAUUUAAGUCAAAAUGAGUUGGAGGAAGAGGAAAACUUAGAAGAAUCAGAAGAUGAUGAAGAAAGCUUAGACGAAGAAGGCGAGAGUGAAGAGGAAAGUCAUAAGAAGCUACAAAAGAGGCGCCUGACAAAUAAUGUUGACUUGUCUAAUGACGAAACUGUGGAUGAUGGCUAUUCAAUGUAUGGUUUACGUAGAUCGCACAGGAAACGAAAUUAUCGGACGGAUAUUAACGAUCAAGAAAGUGACGAUGAAAAUGACGACAGCACAUUUAGAAAAAGACGAAAAAAAAAUAUUAGUGACGAAGAGUAUUUAGAAGAAAAUGAGCAAGUGAGUGGGGCAGAUAUAUAGUGAUAUUUCGUCCAAUGAUCGAUUUUCCAAGAGUGACGAUUCCUUUAUUGAUGAUGGAUCAGAUUCCGAUGAUCGCAGCUAUACCAAACAUCGGAAACGUCACAAAAAUCGAUCUAAACACAAGGUUAGUCGUUUGAGCAGUGAUUCCGAGGAAGGUAGUGAUUUGGAUUAUGAUGUUAAUCAACGUUCGGGCAAAACUAAAAAGAAGAAAAAGCAUCAUCAUAAAACCGGGAAAGGGGGCAAGCAUC